UUUUCCUUCGAUGACUACGCCCGAGAGGAGGAGCGUGAGACGCGUAGUGGGCGUCAGAAUCCAACUUAGCAUCCUGGCAGGACACUCUGCGAAGCAAAGCCCCAUCCGAAAGCAAAAAAAACUUCUCCCGCACGGCAUGAGAGACGCAGCAAGUAAAGACAGCGAGGAAGUGCGUCGAAAAUUCGAUCGCAGCUGAAAACUACCCGCUCGGUUUCAACUGACAGCAAGAACUCUGCGAGUCCGAAGUCUAUGCAUUCAUCGCUCGUUUUAAUCCCCACCGCAAUCGCCACGAAGAGGACAGACGCGGGUCUGUUGAUCUGGGACUCUAUGAGCGAGCGCGACGAGUGCGUGAGAGAGUAAGGGCAAAAAGUGCACGAGUGAGAAGCUUAUUCCCGGAGCUUCGCCAUGGCGUACCCGCAGGGUUACUUGUACCAGCCGUCCGCUUCUUUGGCACUCUACUCGUGUCCUGCGUACAGCACGAGCGUCAUCUCGGGACCCCGGACCGAGGAACUUGGGAGGUCUUCGUCGGGCUCCGCGUUCGCGCCCUAUGCCGGAUCUACGGCGUUCACGAGCGCCUCGCCCGGUUACAACUCCCACCUCCCGUACAGCGCGGACGCGGCGGCAGCGGCGACGUUCACUUCGUACGUGGGUUCCCCAUAUGAUCAUACAACGGGCAUGGCUGGCUCUAUAGGGUACCACCCGUACGCUGCUCCCCUGGGCUCGUACCCUUAUGGUGACCCAGCUUACAGAAAGAACGCUACCAGGGACGCCACUGCCACGCUCAAGGCCUGGCUUAACGAGCACCGGAAAAAUCCGUACCCCACCAAAGGCGAAAAGAUCAUGCUGGCCAUUAUCACCAAAAUGACCCUCACGCAAGUGUCCACCUGGUUCGCCAACGCCAGGAGGAGGCUAAAGAAGGAGAACAAGAUGACCUGGACCCCGCGGAACCGGAGCGAGGACGAAGAGGAGGACGAGAACAUUGACCUGGAGAAGAAUGACGACGAGGAGCCGAGCAAACCCGCGGACAAGGGGGACUCGACAGACACGGAGACAGAUCAUAAACUCAUCAACCCAGGAGAAGCACCGUGCGACAGGUUUAAAGAGGAAACUCACACUAAAGACUUGGACCCUCUUCUGACCGACUCGGAAUUAAAAGACACAGAAGUGAGGACGGAUUUGCUCGCGGAAUCCACUAAGCCCACCACGUCUUCGCCGUCCGUCAUGCAAAGAGGGAAUGAACUAAUUGCGCAAGAGAAGCCGUCAGAACUUGUUCACGGCGCGGGCACAGUGAAUAGCAACGUGACGUCUGUUAUUCAUCCUCCGGCGUCUGUCCCCAAGCCUAAACUUUGGUCACUAGCAGAGAUAGCCACGUCCUCGGACAGGUGCAAGGGAGGUCAUGAGGCACCGCAGGCUACGGGGAUAGGUCAAAGCACAGUCAUCGCGAGCAACGCUGCAUCGCCGACCCGGACCUCACCCCAGUGCCCUCUCCCAAACAGCACGGUCCUCUCGCGGCCUAUUUACUACACUUCACCGUUUUACCCUGGCUACACGAACUAUGGCACGUUCGGACACCUUCACAGCAACCACGGCUCCAACACGAGCUCGACGGCACACUUCAAUGGAUUAAGUCAGACUGUGUUAAAUCGAGCCGAGGCACUAGCCAGAGAAAAUAAAAUCCGAAGCCAAACGCAGGUAGAUCUUUGUAAAGACUCACCUUACGAACUAAAGAAAGGUAUGUCAAACAUUUAAUACUGGAUUCAUAUCCAGUCUCGCGGACUAUUAUUUAUUAUUUGUGGUUGCUUAAAAACAAGAAGAAAAAAAGAAGACGAAGAAGAACAAGACGAAAAAAAAAUAAUAAUACCGAUAAAGGAAUUUCUGAGGACAGUUAUUUUCUGAGUAAAUGCUUAUCUUCAAAUCUUAGUUUCUGAAUGGUUAAUCAAGAUGUAACAUCUAAGAAUUGUCUUAAACGCUGCGGCCGCCUGAGUCUAUUUGUAUUAAAGACUAAUAUGUAUAUUUAAUGUAGCAUUUUUGUAUUUAAAAUGGACAAUACAUUAUCUUUGAAGUAAAUUAUGAAAAUACA